UUGCUAGACUGAAAUUUUCGCUGCCUUUUCGGCCAUCGUCAUCGUCAUCGUCUACCUCUGUCCGCAGUCGUCGUUUGAAGUCGUUUGCUACGCAUUGGCGUAGCUUCGCAGUUUGUAGUGUCGUAUAGUUACACAAAUAGCAAAUGUCUACUACCUAGAAUAAAAAAGUAGCUCUGCUUCAAUUGGAAAAAAUUUCACUGCAUGCAGCGACUGUUGACUGCGAUAAAUUUAGAGAUUUUUGUGCGAAAUCCAAGAGCAAAAUUCGUUGACUGAGUUCUGUGGACGUCUCGGUGGGCAGAGGCAGAGCAAUAAACGUGCUGGUUUAAUUAAGAGAUAAACUCAAAAUUUAUUCAUUUGAACUAUAAGCAUAUUAAAAGAAAUGGAUAAAUUGGAUACUAAUUUGGAACAACAAUUUGAUCUGAAUCUUAUUGAAGCGGUCAAAAUGAAUCCGGUAAUAUACGACCGUUCCCACUACAAUUACAAGCACUUUGUAAGGAAGGCGCAAACAUGGAAGCAAAUCGCCGAAUCACUUGGAGUGCCUGAACAAAAAUGUACGAAACGUUGGAAGAGUUUACGUGACAAAUUUGCACGUGAAAUGAAAUUGUGCCAGGAAUCGCGCUGGCGUUACUUCAAACAAAUGCAAUUCUUAGUGGAUUCCAUAAGACAAUAUCGUGAAUCACUGUUGGGUAAAUGUAAUACCGUGCAACAGAAUACGAAUCAAGUAGCCCAAGUUGACCCGAACCAGCAGCAGCAACAACAACCGCAGCAACAAGCUGUUGUUGAUAUAUUUGCACAACCUUUUAACAGUAGUGCUACAACUUCGGCACAGGCAAUCGCACAUCCGCAUGAAAUUGCAGUUACAGGCGACACACAAUUAGCCGCAACUGGUAAGGAUCAGAAACCAUACUUUUAUGAACCGCCUCUGAAGCGUGAACGUGCAGAAGAUGAUAAUCAUGAUAAUAUGCUGAACACAAUUAAGAUUUUCCAAAAUUCGAUGUCGCAAGCGGUUAGUGCUGAGGAUCAGUCGUUUGGUAUGGUUGUCACCGAUAUGCUUAACACUUUGGGUGUUCGACAAAAGGCCGAAGCUAAGGUGCACAUCAUUAAAUAUCUUACGGACAUGCAAUUGCUGGCACAGCAUAAUAAAUAUUGAUAUAAUACCGCAUUACAAUCAACACAUUAAAUGUGUGUGUGUGGGUGCGUAUAAACUGUAGUUUUUGUAAUAGUCAUUUUAUGUACCAAUUAAUACAAAAGAGAAUUAGGGUAAAAUAUAGUUGCGAUUUGUAAGCAACUAAGUAUCGAAAAAGGAACUAGAAAUAUGGAGGUUAUUAUUUUUAUUUUAUUGAAAUGCUAUAAAACUAAAUUUAAUUUAAUAUUAAUAUAACAUGCGGUUAAAAUCGUUUAAUAAAUAUUGAAACAAUCAAUAUGCUUUAAAA